AUGGAAGUCAUCGUCCUGCCCUGGUAUGCAGAGCUGCUGAAGGAGAUACGGCUGGGGAAUGUCAAGAAGGUGGCCUUCUUCGACAACGAUGAUGUCAUGGAGGACAGGAAGGAGUUCCAGCCGGUGGAGGGGCCCUGCUUAGUCAUCUUCCAUGAUGACCGGGUCGCGCACAGCUAUGUGCCGCGCUACGACUUCAGAAUACCGUAUGCCAUGGAGACACACGGAGUGGAGGCAGACAGGAUAGCGGCGCCCAUCACACAGGACAUGAUCCAGCCGGUCAAGCCGGCCGGCGCAUUCACGCGCAAUGUCCUCAAUGUCGUGCCAUUCCUGGCGCUGGGACUUGCCUAUGCAGCCACACAAUAUGCUGCACAGCUGAAGGGAGACAGGGAGGACCGGCAGCGCAUAAAGGAUGCGGACAUCAGGAAGGAGAAGGAGCUCAAGGCGCAGAGGGAGGCUGAUGACAGGGCGCUUGAGGCGCGCAAGCUGGCAUCCAUGGGCUACGGCGUGGAGGAGAUUAUAGAGGAGCUGAUGCGCAUCAACCUGACGGGGUGGUCCCGGGAGUAUGUGGAGAAGCUGGUGGCGGAGGAGAGCGCGCGCAGGGACGCUGCAGCCGGCAGAACAGAACACAUAUACAACACAAAUGAGGCGGCGCAGCGGGAGGCGCUGAAGCAGGGGAAGGCCGAGGGCGAGGAGAUGAACGAAAUGGAGGCAGCGCAGGACUUUGGGCGGCUGCGCACGGUGAAGGUGCAGCAGGCGGUGGCCAAGGAAGAGGAGGAGGAGAUGCGCGUGCGCAUGCGGCAGGCUCAGCGCAAGAUGAAGGGCGUUAAGCUGCAGUACACUGACGCCGACCGCGUCACCUUUGACGACGUCGCCGGCGUGCCGGGCGCCAAGGUGGAGCUGAUGGAGGUGGUGGACUUUUUCCUGAAGCCGCAGAAGUUCCGGCGAUCGGGUGCAAAAAUCCCCCGCGGUGUGCUGCUCUGCGGGCCCCCCGGCACCGGCAAGACGCUCCUAGCGCGCGCCGUCGCGGGCGAGGCAGGCGUCGCAUUUCUGUCGCUCAACGCCUCCGAGUUUGUGGAGAUGUUUGUCGGCGUAGGCGCCUCCCGCGUGCGCGAUCUAUUUGCCCAGGCGCGAUCACUGGCGCCCGCGAUCAUAUUUGUGGACGAGAUUGACGCGGUGGGGCGCAUCCGUGGCGGCGCGCAGGGGAAUGACGAGCGUGACCAGACGCUCAACCAGCUGCUGUCCGAGAUGGAUGGCUUCUCCAACACGGCCCAGGUGAUUGUAAUGGCGGCCAGCAACCGCAAGGACGUGCUGGACCCGGCGCUCAUCCGCCCGGGCCGCUUUGACCGCAUCAUCCACGUCGGCGCGCCAGACUUUGAGGGCCGCAUCGAAGUGCUCAAGGUGCACCUGGGCAAGCGGCUGUCGAAUGGGGAGCGGCGGCAGUACGAUCUGAGCGAGGAGGAGUUCCACGACCUCUCCUUCCAGUUCCAGCGCUUCAGCGGCGCCAUGCUGGCCAACCUAGUCAACACCGCCGUCAUCAUGGCAGGCCAGGACGGCCGCACAGUCAUCCGCUAUCACGAUCUCACCCGGGCGCUGGAGGAGGAGCGGCUGGGCCCGCGGCGGCAGCCGUACAGCGGCGAGCGUCAGAAGCGGCUGGCCGUGCAGGAAGCCGCCACAGCCCUCGUCUGCACCCUCAUGCCCGCUAUCGAACCAGUCUCCAUGGUGACGAUCGUGCCGCGUGAGAAGUAUCCGCUGGGGCAGACGGUGCUCAAGGUGAACGAGCAGCGCGAGCGCACGCACAUGUUCUCCAGGCGCUACCUGGAGGAGCAGCUCAUGACCGUCCUUGCAGGGCGUGCGGGAGAGGAGAUAAUCUAUGGGGGAGACGAGGUGAGCACGAUAAACCAGCGGCGGCUGGUGAUGGCGCGGCGCAUCGUGAGCAAGCUGGUGGUCUCGGGCGCCAUGACCGACAUCGCCGAAGUGGGACCUCGCACCAUCAGCGCACCUGUGCGCCAGGGCUCCCGCGGCCUCAAGCAGAUCAUCAUGAACCGGAUGUCCUACGACACGCUUCACGCGGUGGACGUGGAGAUGGAUCGGCUGCUGAACGACACCUACGCAGAUGUCAAGGCGAUGCUGGAGCGCAACAUGGAAGCCUACAACGCGCUCAUCGCCAGCCUGACCACCGGCGACGACCAGACGCUGUCGGGGGAGCAGGUCAGAGAGAUCGUGGAGCAGCACGGCUGCAAGGAAGACCUCGACCGCAGGACUCUGGAGCGCGCUGCAUUCCUGUGA